UACGAAUACUAUAACAUGUGGUUUAAUGGCUUGACAUUAGUUUAUCUUCACCGAAUGGCUUUAGAUUCUUGUGGAAGGAAAAUAGUUUUUGAUCACAGGUGACGACGAUUUACGGAGAGGAUUUUGCUCUCUCGGCAGACGAAACUUCCCAGUUUGUCUCGCUAUCAUCAGCUUUCAGUUUCGCUAGUAUUGUGAUAUAGAGACCAGGAAGCCUGAGGACCUCCACAAUGUCUGAGGAACAGUUUACAGUGUAUGACGCAGAGACUCAGCAGCCACUCACUGUGACUGUAAGUGGUACAGGGGAGGAUGGCCAAGCUGUGCAAGGUAUCAGUUAUAUUACACAAGACCCUGGCCAAGUUACUCAAAUACAGCAAGCAAGCUCUGACAUGGUACAGGUGACAGAAUCGCCAAGUGUGUUCACUUCCCUUUCAAACUCCACUUUGGGUACAGCUGUAUCCUGUGCAGCUCAGCCACAACAGGUGCUAACAGCUGGAGGUUCAGUCCCUGUCAUGGUAUCUGCCCCUAAUGCAGGUCUCACCCAGCAAGCACUUGUCCAGCAAGCUGGCAAUCUCCUCCAACAGCAGGUCAUACAGCAAGCUGGAGGAACUGUGGCAGGCACACCCAACAUUGGCAACAAUGCAGCAGGAAUCCCUCAGAUGCUGUUCUUAAACCAAGUGAACAUAAAUGGACAAACUUCGUUUGUUUUAGUUGAUGCAAACAAUAAGCCUGUUCAGCUUCCACAAGGUAUCCAGGUGAUAAACUUGCCAUCUCAACAGGGUGCUGGUAGUCUUCCUGCAUCAACUUCUUCCACAGUCGCCGGUCAGCAGCUCCCCAUGGUCAGCCCACAGACUGGUGAGUCUGGAGAAGAACCCUUGUAUGUGAAUGCCAAACAGUAUCACAGGAUAUUGAAGAGGAGACAGGCACGUGCUAAACUCGAGGCCUUGGGGAGAAUACCCAAACAGAGACAGAAAUAUUUGUACGAGUCUCGCCACAAGCAUGCAAUGAACAGACAGCGGGGGAUGGGAGGAGUGUUUGUGCCUCAGGGACAGCUCAAUAACAGUUUAGACCAGGACAGUAUAAAUAGCAGCAAUGUGGACUCCAGCCACGAGACACUGCUUGCAUCACUUGGUGCAUCAUAGGACCAAGUCAGUGGUGAUCUCACUGCCUCAGCUGGAGAAAGUGAGAGCCAUUGAACUUUAUAUAAACACUUUGGGGUCAGGAAAGUGUUUGUGCUUCAGGUAACCUGGCCGUUUGACUCAGAAAUGUGGUAGAAACCCUGCUAAUACUUGACACUACACUAUGCAGUGUGCUCUGUGCAAGGAAGAGAGCAAGGUUGGUCCAGUGAUUCUAAUGUGUCUAGAGAGAAAGUGUGUGAUGACUCGUGAGGAAGUUUCAUGUGGAUAAGGGGAUGGGAAAUGUGACCAGUUGAAGUUUUGUGAGGUCUCCAGUAAUUGCAGCUUAUUGCGUGUGGAUUGUGGUCUGAACAGUUGCCCAUUUCUUGAAGUGAUGCUGUUGGAAGUUAAAGCAUUCAUAUUACCAUCUCACACAUGUUUUGAGCAUAAAGUGGCCACUAAUCAGUCACUAAUUAGCAUGCAGCAUGUUCCACAGAAUUCAGGAUGAACAUUAUUGCACACUUUUGUAAAUUUGUUUCAUAAGUGUAUGGUUACGGCGAACAGUGCUCAUAGCAAAAUGUUAUGUAUCUAAACUUGUUGAAUUGAUGGAUAUGUGCCAUGGUGGUAUUUGUCACACUAGUUACUGCAGAUCCAUGAUGUUUUGUGAAACUAUUAAUACAUCUUGGAUUACAAUCACGGCUUCUGAAAUUACAUCCACUUAGGACUUAAUAUUUAUGAUAGGUACAUGUGAGUAAUUGUUUUCAAAUGAACCAAUAAAAAUGCUCAGUGUGAAAAAUGUAUGGCUCGUUUAAACUUUCUAGCUUUAAUUUUUAUUUGUUUAUUGAUUUUCUGAUUGUUAACUUGCUCCAUGACGUUAUCUUCCGUGGUAUGAGUGAAACAUAGGAGCAGUUUGCUUGUUCCUUAGAGAGGUGUGGAAUGGAAUGAACAACCCACCCACAGCUUAUCAGUGAAGCAUGGUUGUAAUCAGGUCACAUUGCUGCGAACACACAUGUUAUUUGGUGCAGCUUGAUCUAAAAGGAAUUUUGUUGAUGUUAUGGUAGUUUAAAAGCUUCAGUAUUUAUAUUACAUGAGAUAGGUUUUGCAGAAUUUAAUUUUAUCACACACUCAUCUGUUUUAACAGUGUUAAUGAAAUACAGUUCAGAUGUACAGUGAAUGCAGUUACAGAGGUUUUCGUUAAAACUAUUCAUUGUAACGGUUCAUUACUGUAUUUCACGCCUAAUGUUUGGCCUAUAAUAAUUCACUUUUAGCAGCACAUGACGAUGUUAAAAUGAUAUUUUUGAUGUCAACACACAAGUUUUCCUGAUAAAAAAUUAAUGAUUUCAGAAAAAAUAUGUAAUGUGAAAGAAUCUUUCAGAAUCAAGCAAAAUGUGUUUCUUGCAAAAUGCCCAACUUUAGGUGAAAUACCGUAUUUAUUAUUCCUGUAUAGAUAAAAAAGUGUAUUGCCUUAAUCAUGUGAAUAUGAAAUAUUAAACAUUCAUGAGAUGUUGUUUUCAUCUAUAUACAUCACAGUUAGAAAACUCAUCAUUGUUUGGGGAUGAGACAAAGGAAAUAACGAGGAGGUAAUAAAUGUAUUAGAUGCUGUGUAGAUGAAUACAUGUACACUCCAUCAUUGUCACUCUCAAAACAGCCCUUGCUCCCAACCACUUCAGGGCCCCUCAGAAAAACAGAGCAUAGUGAUAUUCUAUGUGAGAAUAUGGACAUAUUCUGAUAGGGUGAUGUUUGUUACACAAUAAAGAUGGGCUAUAAACAGGAGAUAAUUUGAAAUAUCACAUGAGCAUGUGCUGGACUUGACUGCACUAACCACAGAGGCAAUGGUAUCAUUAAAAAUACUGCAUAUAUUGACCUGGGGAUUAAUACACAUGUAAAGCACAGUGGCACGACUGGGAUGUUCCAUUGUUGGUGCUGUGUGUCCAUAUACGGUAUGUUACAAAAUUCACUACUUGUGAAUGUGUUGAGCGGAAGUUUUGCAUUCAUGUGUCUUAUUAUGGCGAACCCUUUGAUAUACUUGCUGCUAAAUCUGGGUUUUAAUAAUGGUGGAGAAGACAAAAAAAAAUGAAGUUUAGAUCAAACUGUGCAAAAAUUUGUUUUAAAUAUGUCUACAAUAUUUUUUUUUCGAUUUUUCUCUUUAGAAAAAGAUAAAAAUAAUUCUUGUAGGGUUGGUAUUUGGGGCUACCUCUUGGUAGAUAUUGUCCUUGUUUAAUAAUGUUAUAAAUCAGGAUGUAGCAUAUGUUUAAUAAAUAUAUUUGCACUAGAAUUUGGUCUUUUCAUUUAACAAAUGUGUUCAACUUGGAUUUUUGAUCACAUUUAUAAUUUUAAUAUAAUCAUAAAUAUUACCAUAAUUCAACUUGAAGGAAUAUGUUUGGAUAUUACAGCAAAUUUACAUUCAAAUAAACUUAUUACACGUGCAUUAUAUCCUUAUUUAGAACAUUAUUGAGGAAAGAUGGUAUAUACUAAAAAACAUUUUUUUUUAGAACAUAUUUUGUUAUUAUAGCAGCUGUUUAAUACAACACAUUUUUUAUUAAUUCGACAUAACGAUUCUGUUAGACUAACAGGAUGACAGCAAAAUUCAAUUGGAUUUCGUUGAUUGAUUUUUGGCCAAAAGCUUUCUUUGUAGCCUACAUAAAUUCAACAAAAGUUCUGUAAACGACCUUCUAGUGGUACUCAAUCCCUAUAAACGAAGCUUUGAAGGAAAUAUAUCCCAAUUCAGUGGAAUUAAAUUGGGAGACAAUACUGAUUCCCCAUAUGGCUCACCUUAUCAAGAUUAGUAUAACUUUAGUUUUGAUAUUAUUAAUUAUCUAUUUAUGGACGGCAGUAUCCCAGAGAGCCGUGCACAUGUGGUGUCCGCAUACCUCGCCAAGUACAUGUACAUGCUAUACACAGCCUGUGAACAUAGAGCCGGUCAUCAAAAAAAAAAAAUCCUGCUGAAACUUAACCAUUAAUCCCCUCCAUUCAUUUCAAUUUUUUAAACUAUUGCCAAACAUAUCAGUUGUAAAUUACUAUGUACUAUCUUAGCAUGGAAGAUCUAUGGCACUAUAUGCUUUUUUUACACCGGCCUGUAUGAAAUUCCACUUAUCCUAAGCCUACAGGCUGAGUACAUAGACAUAACGGAGUUCUAAUAUAACUGCUGUGUUUAUAUGAACAGUUCCAGUAAACGUGUAAUUGAGAUACUUCAUUGCGUUUCUUUGGUUUACAAUAGGAUAUUGUAUUUACUAUACAAAUAUUGAGCACACACUGUUUAAACAUGAAGUGUGGUGGACUGUCUUUUGCAUGAAUUUGAUACAUAGAAUAAUACACUCGCACAUAUGUGAUAUCAAUGGAAACUGCUGGCUAUACUUCUGUUUUCAGACAACUUUCUUUGAUUAAGAUUCUAUCUAUUGUUAAGGGAUUGUGAUGCUAUAAUUAGAUUCCCAGGUUGAAAGCUGGAAGACUUGUGUUCUUGUUCAGAUGAUUAAAACAAAUGUUCUCUGCAACCACUUUUUAUUGAUUACGCAAAAAACUGUUUGGCAAGAAUGAUCCAAACUGCUAGUUAGUAUAAUCAAAAACAAAGUACUAUGUAACAAAAGAUAUCCUGGUACCACAGAUAAGCUCUUGUCUAAAACAAAGAGAAACUUUGAAUAUUGUACAUAAUUGGUAAUUUAAUUCUCCUCUCAAUUUCAAUGCAUGCAUAUUCUAAUUAAUAACGCAAAAGUAAAAGAGUGGAACCCCUUACUGUUAAAAUAAAAGCUGCUUUGGCACCUAUACACUGAACUAUAUAGAUUAAAAGCCUCAACAGAACUUGGUGCAUUCAAAUUGCCAAUGUCUAUCUUUUUCUGGUGUAGUAAGUUGCAAUGAAUGUUUUCUGUGACUCGAUCAAAUGCUUACCCUGGUACACGAUUUUCUUGUUUUAGCUUUAUGUUGUCUUUGUUAUUCUGUUAAUGUGCACGGUUGAUUACUUUUGGUUCCUACUGUGCAUAUGUAAGCCUAAAUGUUUCUGCUGUACAUUCCUGGAGAUGACCACAUAGUUACGCCAAAAUAUAGAUUACCAUAUAUGUUGA